AUGUAUCGUGCGCCCACUCUGGGCGGUGAUCGGCGUCGAUGGAGGCCUCCAGGAACAGUCUCCAGCUCUAAGUUAUCUGCUGAUGGAGGUGGCAGUGGUUGGCAUCACAUACACACCCAGAUAUGGCCGUAUACAGAGAAUGUCGGCGAGCAUCUCAGAUUUUCUAAUGGCGACAGCAACAUCACAACAUUCACACCUUGUGAGACAACACACUGUCAUCAUGUUUCAUCGCAACCUUAUACUUCAUCAGAAUGCAGGAAACUGUUGUUGGCUACUGGCAUGUGUGUUGUCUUCAUGGUUGCAGAAAUAAUAGGUGGCUAUGCAGCUGGGAGCUUAGCUGUCAUGACAGAUGCAGUGCAUCUUAUGUCUGAUGUUGUUGCAUUCCUUGUGAGUUUAUUUGCUAUCUGGUUGAGCAGACAUUCUCCUACAAGGAAAUUUACUUUUGGAUUCUUCAGGGCAGAAAUUUUAUGUGCCCUUGCAAGCAUACUGCUCAUAUGGUUAAUAACUGCAGUUUUUGUGUACUUGGCAGUACAUCGAAUGUUAAGUGGGAAAUAUGCAAUAAAAACGCAAACAAUGAUGCUGGUAGCAGGAUUAGGAAUUGUGGUAAAUGCAAUCAUGGGAUUGGUGCUGCAUGGAUCCUGUAACAGUCUCAGAGGUGCACACGGGCACACCCACAGUGAAUUCAGCCAUAGCAGAUCUGGCAUAAACGUCAGGGCAGCAGUGAUACAUGUCAUUGGAGACUUGCUCCAGAGCAUAGGUGUUUUUGUAUCAGCAGUUGUAAUACAUUUUUAUCCUGGGGCGAAGAUAGCUGAUCCCUUAUGUACAUUUGUGUUUUCCAUUCUGGUGUUGACAACAACUGUGUCAGUAUUCAUGGAAACAGUGCGUAUUCUCUUGGAGGGUUUUCCAAAGCAUCUAAAUUAUGAAACAAUUAUGCAGACACUUAACAACAUUGAUGGUGUACGGAAUGUACAUGACUUACACGUGUGGCUCUUGUCUGUCAACAAAGCGGUUUUAACUGUUCAUCUCGCUAUAGAUUCAUCAGUGGAGUCGGUGAAAGUGCUGGAAAGGGCAACAUAUAAGAUGAGGCACAAAUAUGGAAUACAUAACCUUACCAUACAGAUUGAAGAAUUUUCAUCAGAGACAAUGGCCAGUUGUUUAAAGUGUCAGCCUUUAUCCAGAUAACACAAAGGCUGAAAAUAAUUGUUCUACAUUUUUUUAAUUCUGUAAAUUUUAUUUGUUGAAAUUAAAAGGACCACACAGCACUAAACUGGAAGUUAAUAUAUGUACAAAAUAUUUUUAUUGUUUGCUUAUUUAAUAAAUGGGCAUUGAUGGAAUGAAAUAGCUCUCAGUGUAA